UAGAUUGCUGUUCGCAGGUGUUCAGUGUCACACUUAUUGCAUUAGAUUAUGGAGAGCUGUUGGAAAGGGGAAGAUGACAACUACUCAUACUCUGAGAUUGUACGGCAUUCGGAGUGCGUCGAUGCUAGCUCGCCAACUUAUGAUUUGGGGUCAAUUACUGGCGACUUCGUGAACUCGCUGCCUUCCUUAUGUGAAGAGUUCCCGCAGGAUUACGACAAUGGUACAUUCUACAGUGACUCCACUCAACAAGUGAAUAGAAUGGGUUAUUCUCCAAUGCCACUGGAAAAAGAUCCUUUUCAAAACAUUCUCGAUCAAGUUGAUUUCUCCCUGGACAUACCCCAGCCUAGUACUACGAAUUUCGUUCCUGAUGGGACUCUGGAUGUAGACUUCCCCGGAGGUGCUGAUAGUGCGCCAUUGCAAGUUAAGAUGGCUGAACAUGAUCAAGGCUCCACUCCUCUACCUCUGCACAGUCAGGAUUUAUGCAGCAAUGACAAAACGACAUCCUGUGAGAUGCAUGAGAGUGAAAUCGAAUUCUGCAUUGCUGGUAGAUCGCAGCAGGAUAAAAAUACUCGCACUGAAGGGAACCCCCAAAUGACCAAAGCACCUGCACAGCAAGCGAUAGCCAAACAAAUCAGUUCGACUAAAAGGACGGAGGAUUUGAUUUGCGACCAGACACAGAGUACGAUCGCACGUUUACGCAUCUUUUUCCGUGCCUAUGGGAGAGCAAUUGCGAGUUCCGCAUUGCUCAACCCUGACGAGCUGACGUCGCAAGCUACAGGUUUUCCACUUAACAUCGUGUUGGCCUGUAAUGAUCCAGUACCAAAAAAACCUUGUAUUACGCUUACAAAAAAGAAACGAAAAGAACAAGAGGAUACGGCUAAAGACGGUGCUCCGGUGAGGAAUACGAAAAAGAAAAACUCCAGCGGUUUGGGCAAGAAUGAGAAGCUACUCGCCACAAUCUCAACAAAGUCUGCGAGGCGAAGAGGAAAGAAGGAUACUAUGUGUGACAACACUAGUGCCAAGAGUGCAACAAAGAAGAAUAAAGCUGGUAAUAUGUCGACGAGCACCCACUCAAGUGAUCUUCCGGAUGACCCUAAUCCCUCAGACAUCCCCAAAUCCCGAAAAGACUGCCACUUCGAGGAUGCUCCUAUGAAGAAAUCUUGUGCGGAGGAAGCAAGUGAAGGUCCCUCACCUUUUGGUAUCAAGAAUAUAAAAGGUUACACGAUGGGAAUCCGCUGGUCAGAAAGGAUUGAGCAUAAGGCUAAAGUUUUUUAUGGAAACGUGCAAAGACGUCGGUCGCAAUCAGAUCAGAAUACGCCAGAACCCUGUGCAUAUGAUGAGAAUGCUGCUCAGUGCCGAUCCUCAGGAAGAAAGAGACGUCCGCGUCGAGUGUUUUCACCUCUUCUCACCAAAGAGAAGAAAAAGUAUUUCAUGUUGAUGGAUUUGCUCCGUGAGAGAUUCAGAAUUGCUGUAGAAUCCAAACCCGAAGAAGUGUUGGAUGAAGUGGUCCUGUCUUUCGAAUGAAUUGUAAUGAAAAUCUUUGUCGGUGUAAAAUUAAUAUGUAAAGUCAUGUUAUUUACAUAUUUUUUGUCACAUUAGCAGCGCUGAUGUAUUUUAUGAUGCCGGUAAUAGUAAAUAGAAUUUGUGUGUAAAGUUGUAAGAUUUUUUUUAUAAAGAAUCGUCAUGAGCGCUGCUAAUGUGACAAAUCCGUUGUUUUCCCUUCUUUACUUGUUAUCAACACUACCACCUGAAUUGCCAGAGUUAUUUGUGCUUUGUAUACAAAUAUAUUCUAGGAUCUAAUCUGCAUGAAUCCCUUAUUCAAUCUCAGAAGAUAUUAUGUUGUAUUCCCACGCUCAGUAAUAAGUUCUCACGUUCUAUCUCAUUAGUAGUCUGCAUAGAUCUUCCCUUUAUGCGAAAAGUGGCUACAGACUUUAUUUUUAUUUGGAGUAGCC